AAUCAUGGCUCUCUACAACAAUGGGGCUGAUGUGCCUUCGCCCCAGGAAGCCUCAAAUGGCUUCCCCCAGCCCGGUGCCUCAGGAACGUGGCACAAGGGUGAGGAGGAGGUGCGGCUGGUGGAGCCCAGCAUGGUGAAGAAAGCUCACCGGGAAAUCCUGGACCAUGAGCGCAAGAGACGGGUGGAGCUGAAGUGCAUGGAGCUGCAGGAGAUGAUGGAGGAACAGGGGUACUCCGAAGAGGAGAUCCGACAGAAAGUGGGGACCUUUCGGCAAAUGCUGAUGGAGAAGGAGGGUGUGCUCACCAGGGAGGACCAGCACGGGCGCCAAAUUGUGAUAGAAAACCACCACGGGGCAGAUGGGGAGGAGUACGCGGUGGAGUAUCCUGACUACGGGGAGGGCUGCCUGCUGCAGUGCGACUGCUCGGCCGAGUGCUACCGCGAGGACAGCGGCCACCGCGAGUACAGGCUGAAAAGACGCUCGAGCAGCUCCACCUCUCCUCCACCCAAGAAGAAAAAGAAGAAGAAAUCAGGUCACCGCCGGAGCCGCAAAAAGAGGAAACCUGGCUCAGAUCGCAGCUGUGACAGCUCUUCACCCAUCCGCAAGGAAAAGAAGAAGAAGACUGGAAAGAAACACAGACGUGACAGGUCUGAAUCGGGGUCACGAAAAAAGAGAAGACACAGGUCCCGAAGCCCUAAGAACAAACGGAAAGAGAAAAACAAAGAGCGCAAGAGGUCCCGCAGCGAGUCCCCAGCCUGGCGCUCGCACCGCCGCAGCUCCUGCAGCUCCCACAGCGCCUCGCUGUCCUCCGACGACAGCGGCUCUAAAUCCCCCGGCAGGCUGAGCCCCAAGCGCCGGCAGGAUGGUCCCAAGGGCAGCAGCGCCCGCUCCAGCCGCAGCCCGUCCUCCCCCUCGCCCCAGCGCUCGGCCUCGCCGCACCAGAACGGGCACAAGGGCAGCGCCCAGAACGGCCGCCACAGCCACGGCGCCCCGCUCCCGGAGCCCUCGGAUAGGCCGGCCUCGGCGUCCCCCUCUCCGCGGGCUCACGGCAGGACGGAGCCUCCGUCCCCCCGUCCCCGGGGGGGCCGACACGGCGCCCGCAGCCCCCGCUCGCCCACACCGGAGCGGGCCAAGCACGGCCACCGGCAUCGCUCCCGCAGUGCCUCGCCUCCGUCCCGACACCGCGGCCAGAGCAAGGGCCGGCCCCCGGGCCCCCGGGAGCCGCCGCCGCCGCCGCUCAGCCCCGCCGGCUACAGCAGCGACUCGGAGGCUUCGGCAGGCUCCCAGCCGCCGGCCGGCCCCGACAGGAACCACGGAGCGCACGGCAAGAAGGUGAAGGAGCGGCACCACCGGGGCCGGCCCAACAGCAGCUCGGAGUCAUCAACCAAGCACUCCCGGCACGCCUCGGAGCGGAGGAAGAGCCCGUCCCCCAGCCCGGGCCAGCGCAGCAGUUCCUGGAGCUCCAGUGGCUCCCUCUCCAAGUCCCGCUCCCGCUCCCGGGAGAAGAGAGCAGGGCGCAGCCGCUCUCGCUCGCCCUCGCCGAAAAAGCCAGCCAGCAGAGAGAAGGACAACGAGCCCCGAACACGUCACGGUGAUCCCGAUCCCGCCCGCCCUCGGCGCCGCUCCAGGAGCUACUCCCCCAUCAGGAAGCGGAGACGUGACUCCCCCAGCUUCAUGGAGCCCAGGAGGAUCACCAGCGCCCGCAAGCGUCCCAUCCCCUACUACCGGCCCAGCCCCUCGUCCUCCAGCUCGCUGAGCACCUACUCGUACAGCCGGAGCCGCAGCCGCAGCUACGACAGCUACAGCUCCAGCCGCAGCCGCAGCCGGACUCGCAGCCCCCCCAGCCGCUCCCGCAGCCCCAGCCGCAGCCCCAGCUACAACAGCCGCAGCAGCUCGGAGAGCGCCGGCUUCUGAGCCCCCCCGGCACCGGCCGCAGCCCCCCGACAGCCCAGCUCUGCCCCCUCCAUGCCACCUGCGCCCCCAGAAGGGACGGGACCAGCGGGGAGGUGGAAAGGAGCCGGGGAACGCUAAGGAUGGACCUGGCAGCGGGGGAAAGCACGGACGGGAACUCAAAUGGGUCCUUGCAACGUCCUGGGAGGGGGUGGUUCCCCCCCGCUCCGGGGUGUUUUGGGGUCGGGAUGGGGAAGGGGAGGAUAUCUUCUUAUUUC